AUUUUCGUUUAUUUUAUUUUAUUUUUUAGUUUUACACAUUUUUAAAUCCCUCAAAGCAUUUAGCAGAGUGCUGGGCACGUAGAAGACACAGCAAAGGCCCUCGGGCUUGCCAGAAAUUCAGAACCUGCCCUCGACUUUGCGAUCUCAGCCACGUUUUCAACCACACUACCUGGAGUCCCAAGCUGCAGUUCACCCUCCCGCCGCACGGGGGCGCAAUGGGAAUCCUGCGCGGUGGGACGAGCGCGCGGGGCCGUCUUGGGCGGCGGAGGGCCCGGCUCCCAGAAUGCACUUUGUAUCAACACGGCGGCGGGGGCGGCCUGGCAGGCUGCGCGAGGGCUGUCGGCGGGCCCGGCGUUGAGGAGCGACUGGAGCCAUGGCGGAGCCGGCGCCUUCUCGGGAGGAAGCGGCGCUCUACACCGUUGACCUCUUCCACGCCGCCUUCACAGACAACAGAGAAAAGUCCGUAUUUCCAGACCACAGAGAUCUCGCUGUGGACCGUGGUGGCUGCUCUCCAGGCUGUGGAGAAGAAGAUGGAGUCCCAGGCUGCCAGGCUGCAGAGCCUGGAGGGCCGCACGGGGACGGCCGAGAAGAAGCUGGCCGACUGCGAGAAGACGGCCGUGGAGUUCGGCAACCAGCUGGAGGGCAAGUGGGCCGUGCUGGGGACGCUGCUGCAGGAGUACGGGCUGCUGCAGCGGCGGCUGGAGAACAUGGAGAACCUGCUGCGCAACCGGAACUUCUGGGUGCUGCGGCUGCCCCCGGGGAGCAAGGGCGAGGCCCCCAAGGUGUCCAGGGCACUCGAGAACGACGGUCUCUGCUUCUCCGAGCAGGAGUGGGAGAACCUGGCGGACUGGCAGAAGGAGCUCUACAGGAACGUCAUGCAGAGCAACUAUGAGGCGCUGGUCUCCCUGAAGGUCCUUGGCCAGCCGGAGGGAGAAGUGGAGCUGGGUGCAGAGAUGCUGGGUGACUUGGAGGAGGACGAGGGCCUUGCUGGUGCCCACCCUGAUGAGGCUGCGCUCAGACCGGAGGUGCCUAGCCAGCCAGAGGGCGGCAUGUUCCCAGGUGCGGCUGAGGAGCCGGAUUUCCUGGGCCCGGUGCAGACCGAGCUCUGGGAUGGGCAGGGGGGUUCUGCCCUCUUGGAACCAGGUCCCGGGGAUUCUAGCCUCGAGGCCCCUCUCGAAUGCAGCAGUGACCCUACCACUGGAGGAACUCUGGGCUGCUCCCCAAAGCAGAAGUCCCACAGACAGGCGCAGGAGGGUCAGGAAUGCGGACAGGCCCUGAAACUGACGAGGGACCCUUCUGGCCCUUACACGUGUUCUGAGUGCGGUACUAGCUUCUGCUACAAGCAGCAGCUGGCUGCGCAUCUGCGGAGCCACUCGGGGUGGGCGUCCUACCCUGCCGCAGAGCCUGAGGAAAGCCUCAGGCCCAGGCCGCUGCUAAAGCCUCAGGCGAAGAGGGCCAAACUGCACCAUUGCAACGUGUGCCAGAGGAGCUUCAGCUGCAGGGUUAGCCUGGUGACGCACCAGCGCUGCCACCUGCAGGAGGGGCCCAGCACUGGCCCUCGCAUCCAGGAGAGGUUCUCACCUAACAGCCUGGUGGCACUGCCCGGCCACAUCCCCUGGCGGAAGAGCCGGAGCUCCCUCAUCUGCGGCUACUGCGGCAAGAGCUUCAGCCACCCGUCCGACCUGGUGCGGCACCAGCGCAUCCACACGGGCGAGCGGCCCUACAGCUGCCCGGAGUGCGACAAGAGCUUCGUCCAGAAGCAGCACCUGCUGCAGCACCAGAAGAUCCACCAGCGGGAGCGCGGCGGGCCGGGCCCCGAGCCUGCGAGGCCCAGCGGCCGGCUGUAGGGCGCAGCCCCUCUCCUUCGGGGGCGGAGGGGGGCAGCGUUAGUGCCCCCGAAACACUGUAUGGAGCCAGGGGACUGACUGCUUCUGGUCCACCUUGCCUCGCCCGAGUGCCGGGCCGAGCGCCAGGCUGUCCUGAAACCAGGCGGAGGAGGAGGGGCCGGCACCUGCCUCUGCUGUGCCUUGGCCUGCCCACCAGACUGCUGGCUCUGGCCCCCCGGGCCUCUGGUUUUCCCAUCCUCCGGUACUCAGGGCUGGGUCGGCCUGUAGGGCCAGACGCCAGUUCCAGGGCCAGCCCCUGCCGUUCCCGCUGCACAGGUGCGGCAGCCCCAGCGGUGCGCAGCUGCGUGCAUGAGGGCGAGGAUGAGUUUCUGGGGUCUCGCCCUCCACGUCCUCUUCUGUAGUCUGUGUUAAUAACACGUAGGAGUGAUUUCAGUGAGCGUCUUACCCCACUCAGAAGACUUUUUUUGAAGUUAGAUUCUAGUUGAUUUAAAAAAUAUAACACUUGUUUUCUAAAUUUCAGAAGUGGUAGAAGUUGUUCCUAGCUAUGGGACUGGGCCUGCCCUCUAGGAGGGAGUAGUUUAUGGGGCUUUUAGCUCCCCCACACGCGCGGGGGCCAGGGAGCAGAGACGCAGCCAGCCUCCCAGCCCUGCCGCCACUGUCUGCAGAGGACCAGGAGGGAGAGAGUGGGAGGGGGACCUGAGGCCCCUGCUGAAGAAAGGGUCCUGGGAAGGAGCCCAGUGGGGUUCUGGUUCUGGGCGUGUCUGUGCCCUGAAAGGCCCCUCCAGCCCCACUGAGCUGCGUCUGCAGCCUCCGGGGUCGGGGGAUUGCUGGUCACCUGAGGUCGGUCAGCUCGUGCCAGCAGUGAGUUUGUUCCUGCUGCGCUGGUCACUCUGAGGUUGCUCGGUCACGCUUCGCAGACCCCGCCCCAGUGAGGAUGGCGACGCACCAGACCCUGGGUCAGGAAUGCAAAGUGAGCCUCUCUGUUGGGAGCCGGGCGGGGUCUUGGGCCGGAUGUGAACCACCCCUUAGGUGAUCUGCAGUUGCCUAGAAUAAAACUUAAUAGCGAAACCUGG